AUGGCUGCACAAGACUCGGAGAUGAUUCCCUCCGUUCAACUACCAGAGAUCAAACCGCAGGCAGCUCGACGGCGCCAACAAGCUCGCAAGGCCAAGAAUGAGAUAAAGGCGAGUCUGCAUGCUGGCGUGGCCAAACCUCCAGCUCAGUGCAAGAGGGCAGCUCGAAAAGCUGUCACAAAGACCCCUAGCCCCUCACAUGCAGCCUCAACAGGCCUCUUGACUCCCCCACCGAGCAAAAGAAAAGCGACUGUCGAAGCUGACGCUACCGAGGGGGAUCAAUCAAAUGGCGAAGUCGAAACGUCUUCCAAGAAAACCACAGUCCAAGGCACGAAGCAGAAAAAGCUAUCAUGGACUCCAAAGGAGAAUCGUGCAAAACCCUUCAUUGAAGUGCCCCCGAAAAAAGUCCUGGACAAACUACGCUUUGCCGACAUGGAGAGAACGUACGUUGUGGGGUACCAAGCAAAGGGCUUAAAGGAAGGUGAGAAUCCAGAGAUAACCUUUGACUUUGUCGGUUCCACUGGAAACCUGUACAAGACCGUUAUUCGGAAGGUGCCAUCGUGCAAUUGUCCGGACAAACGGUUCAGACCUCAAAACCCACAAUGCAAGCACAUAAUCUAUGCUCUUGUUCAUACCUUGAAAGCCCCGGCACACCUUCAGUACCAAGCGGCUUUGUUGGCCUCGGAAAUUAAUGAAAUGUGGCAAGAGUGUUCUCUGAGCCAAGUGAAGUCGACCUCUACAGAGGACAACGACGGCAAGCGGAAGCCAAUUGAAGGGGACUGUCCUAUCUGCUUCAUGGAGUUAAAGACAGGAGAAAAUACUGUUUGGUGUCAAUCAUCCUGUGGUAAUAACGUCCACAAGGCCUGCUUUGAUCAAUGGGCGAUUCGAAGCAGAUUGACUUCUUCCGGUGUUCGAUGUGUUUACUGUCGUGCCGAGUGGGGAAACGAAAACGAAAAGCGCGUUGAUGCCCUUCGAAAAAACGCUGUCAUAGGGCCAGGUGGAUACCGCAAUGUCGGGUUCGGGCUCGAUCUCCAACGUGGUAUGAAUACAACCCUGUAA